ACACAUAGAAAUCUAUUCCCAUGCUUAGGUGAAGGCUAAAUUGUUCAGGACACAAAAUACUCACCAGAGAGUGGCAGAAAUUUAAACCCAUGAAAUUCCAGUACUUGAAGGGAGCCUGCAAGAAAGAUGAAGAGGGGCUUUUCACUAGAGCAUGGAGAGAACAAGGGGGAAUGGCUUCAAAGAGGGCAGCCACUGGUCAAACACAACCUCAGGAGUGACAGCAACAAGCACAGACACGUGGCUGGAUGCUGCCAAUUUGAGUGAAUACCCGUACGAGUACCUGGAUGAGGAGGAUUAUGGGCUCUAUGGCCUCUGCACCAAAGAGGAGGUGCGCUCCUUCAGCAGGGUGUUCUUGCCAUCAUUUUACACCGUCAUCUUCCUGGUUGGAAUGGCUGGGAAUGCCCUCCUGUUUACUGUCCUCCUCAUGUACAUCAAGAAAAAAAAGAAGAUGACUGAGCUUUAUCUGCUGAACCUGGUGGUUUCAGACUUCUUCCUGCUACUGACCCUUCCUUUCUGGGCUCUGUACAUUUCUCAGUGGAUCACCUGGGACAUCUUGUGCCCAUUCUUAAAUGCCAUGUACACUCUGAACUUCUACAGUGGCAUCUUCUUUGUGAGCUGCAUGAGCCUGGACAUGUAUCUGCAGAUAGUUCAUGCUUGCUCUCCUCACAGCUCCACAGUGUGUAGGAAUUCCAUCCUCCUCUUAUUAGUGAUGUGGAUCCUUUCCAUAGCUCUUUCCAUUCCUGAUGGCCUCUUCACCAGCACAAGGCAAAUUCACAACAAAACCAUCAUGUGCACCCAGGAUUAUGGCCAGGAACACUUAUUUUGGAAAGUUGUCUUUCGGGUGAUUCAGAACAUCCUGGGAUUCCUUUUCCCCUUCCUCUUCAUGACGUUCUGCUAUUCCCGCAUCAUGUGUGUCCUCAACACCUCACAGAUACCUGGCUCCAGGAGAGCUCUCUGCUUAGUCCUUGCUCUGGUGGGGGUCUUCUUUGUGCUGUGGUGUCCUUACAAUGUUGUGCUCAUCCUCCACUCCCUGCAAGAUGUCGGUGUGAUCAGGAGCUGUGAAAGCAGUAGGAAACUGGACUAUGCCCUGCAGAUCACGGAGAGCUUGUCCUUUGUCCACUGCUGUCUCAACCCCUUCCUCUAUGCUUUUGUGAAGAAACGGUUCAGGGCAUAUUUGUGGAAGAUCCCUCAGGCCAUUUUCAGGAGAAGCGCUUUCUUUCCCAUCCAGGACUCCCAGACGAGUGCAUCUUGCAGCAGAUAUGCAGCUGAGAUAGAAAUGUUGAGCAUCACAAAUGCAUCAUAAAUAUUUACAUUAUUUACAUCAUGUGUGGGCCCUCUGUGCUCUAUUUUACCAGUUGUGCCCCUGAUGGUGCUGGUGUGAGUCCACAGCACUGUGUAACCAGAUAGCUCAUCCUAGCAGCAGCCUCGAGACCAUUCCAUACUCAGAUUGGAAAAGUACAUGUGGGAUCUGUUUCUGUUGCAAGUGGAAUUGUUAUGAAAGGAUUGUCCUGGAUUUGCACUAGUGAAAGAAACCCAAUUCCCAUCUGGACUAUGUGAGGCAAUAGCAAAUAAAGGAGCAGAUUUCUCAAUGCUGUACUUUAAAAAAUGCAAAGUGACUCUUGAGAAGAGAAUCUCCUCCUCCUUGUGUGGGCUGAGGAAUGGAUUUCCAUGCUCAUCCAACAGGCCAAAAAUACUGCCAGGGGAUGGCUUUGCUUCUGGCUCUUACCAUCUGCCAGAUGAUUUAACUGGGAUAAUCUCAUUUUCUACCAGGAGAUACAACAGGAGGGACUGGACACCUUUAAGCUGAGUUGUUCUCUGUCAUGGUGAGCUGUGCCACACUCAGACCUGCUGAGCAGGGAACUGACUGUCCAAAGGGCAGAGCCUUGGUUAGAGAUCAGUUUGAUCAUCAGCUGAUUUGAGACAAGUUUGAUCAGAGCGAAGUUCAAACCAGUAACAAUCAGUGAGAAAGAGAUAAAAAGUGGGCUCAGCAGAACAGUAGUGGAGGUAUUUGCCUUCCAAGAUCUGGUUUGACAAGAUAAAAAAGAUCCACAGAUACCACCUGUAACAUAAAUACUGGCUUUUAAAUACCACAGAGUGGGAGCAUGGCCUGAACAGAAGAGCACAGAGAACUGAUCGUCAGUCCUUAUUAGCCAGUGCAGCUUUGAAGUUCAAGGUUCUGAGUUUGCUGACUUUUAUUUCAAAGCAUUAUUCACCCCAUGUGCUCCUGAACCUUAAAUGGUCCCUUUCCAUCCUGAAAACCUAUUAAGUCUGUACAGCCUAGAGCUGUACAAGUGAAAUUAUUAAUUUAAGAGAAA